AAGUAAACACGUCUCUAGUACCCAGUCUACUACGCAAUUUCCACCAAUAUUCCAGACCAACAUUAAUGGCAUCUCAUACAUGAGACAAACUUACCCAAAAUUGAAUCUCUCUACAUGACAAAUUGAUAAAUUACAUCUAAUAGUACAGCUUUUCUGCCAAAAUCUAACAUUCAACCAUCUCACAAUGACACCAUCGUCAAUCCUCCUCGUUCUGUUCGCCGCAAUCGCCGUCACAACCGCCGCCGCAGAUGACACGCUAUCGGCCUACGAAGCAUUACAAACCUUCAAUUUCCCAAUGGGUAUUCUCCCAAAAGGGGCAUUAGGAUAUCAAUUAAACGAGAAAACCGGUGAUUUCAAAGCGUUCUUAAGCGGUAGUUGUAGCUUUUCAUUAGAGGGUUCUUAUCAACUCAGAUACAAACCCACAAUUACUGGGUUAAUCUCCAAAAACAAGCUCACUAAUCUUACUGGGGUUAGUGUUAAGAUCUUUUUUGUAUGGCUCAAUAUUGUUGAGGUCAGAAGGGUUGAUGAUGAACUUCAGUUUUCUGUUGGAAUUGCUUCUGCGAAUUUCCCUAUUGAUAACUUUGAGGAGUGCCCACAAUGUGGGUGUGGAUUGAAUUGCGCUAAUCAUGGCGGUAAUGAUCAGGUUAGGGUGAUUAAUCAUGAUAUUAGGUCUUCUGUUUCUUCAAUUUGAGGAAACUUUUAAUAGGGUUUCUUUCGUUUUUGGUUAAUUUGUUGGAUCUUGUGGUUAAGCAAGAAAGAUUCAAGUUAACCCUUGUUGUAAGUAAAUUUGGUUUGAUAAAUCAUGAUUAUAAUAAUUCUGUUUUUGCA